ACUUCAGUUCCAAGCUUCCACCUUUCAAUCUUUCUCCCAAAACUCUCCCAAGGCUUCCACCGACAAGCCUCAGGGAUGUACCGGUGACACUAUCCAACCCACGAGAGGAUCUCUUGAUGAACAAGAUGUGGUCCAAGACUGAAUCGGACUAACUCGGUGAGUCGACAAUGCUUGCUCUUCUCUCUUCAAGAGAGGUUCUCUCACACAAAAGUAGGAGGUCCCAACUGGGUUUUUUCCAGAAAAAUGCUUUCUUUAUUCUUAAAUCAUUCGCAUCGAUAGGAUUAUAUGAAUCUAACGAAAAACAACAAGAAGAAGAACAUUCUUUUACAGCGUCUUACCUCGUGAACUCAUGUGGGUUGUCCCCAAAAUCUGCUAUUUUAGCAUCCCAGAGGAUGGACUUUGAGAACCCAGAGAGACCGGACUCAGUGCUUAAUCUUCUCAAAGAGAAUGGAUUCACGCAUACCCAGAUUUCCAAAGUUGUCAGGGCACACCCACACUUUCUUUUAUCUGAUCCUGAGAAGACCCUUUUGCCCAAGAUUGAGUUUUUCCGUUCUUUGGGGGUUUCGAGCUCUGACCUCCCUGGGAUCCUCUCUUCUACCCCACGUUUGUUCGCGAGAAGCUUAAAGAAACAACUAAUCCCCUGCUAUGAUUUCCUCAGGAGUGUACUUCUUGUCAAGGAGAAAGUCCUUACAACUUUGAAGCGCUCACCACGGGCUUUUCUAUAUAGUGUGACAAAUAAUAUGGCUCCUAACAUUGCACUUUUGAGACAACUUGGAGUGCCUCAAUCUGCCAUUUCUUCCUUGGUAAGUAAUUAUCCUGCUGAAGCGUUCACUACGCAUACUAGGUUUGUUGAGGCUGUCGACGAGGUUACGGAAAUGGGAUUCGAUCCAUCGAAAACGGUGUUUGUCCUGGCAAUCCAAGCGUUAGUGAAGAUGCGUAAACCAAAGUUGGAGUCAAAGUUGGAGCUUUAUAAGAGGUGGGGUUGGUCGAAGGACAUGGCCCUCUCAGCAUUUAAAAGGCAUCCGAAUUGUAUGCUUUUAUCGGAAGAGAAGAUCACGAAAGCAAUGGACUUCCUUGUGAACAAAAUUGGUUGGCCAUCUACUAAUAUUGCUAUUAAUCCUUCAGUUCUAUCUUUCAGCUUGGAGAAGAGGAUAAUGCCUAGGUUUUCAGUUAUUCAGAUUUUACAAGCGAAUGGUUUGGUCAAGAAUGAUUUGUCCUCAGCAUCUUUCAUGCUACCUAGUGAGAGGUACUUUGUGGAGAAGUAUUUGAUCAAAUUUCAGGACAAUGUUCCUGAACUGCUGAAUGUGUAUCAGGGUAAGAUGGAUCUUGUGGAGGUUGGAAGUCAAUCUGAGAAUGUGUGUGGUGCUAAAAAGUUUUAACAUUUUGACUUCCAAAUUGAGAUCUUUAAAAUCAGUCCAUGCACUCCAACCUAUUCUUGUGAAGAUUCAACGAUUUUAACGACUCUGUUGUCUUCUCCCUCGUUCUCUCCGUACAUCCAACUUGUAAGAGCAACAGCAGCUUCAAAGCAAUUUUAUAAAAUUGUAGUUAGGUUAACAUUUAAAAUUUUAAUGUAACUGCAAUUUAAAAAUACAUAUUUUUUUA